AUGUUUACUCCAAGCAAUGUGUCUUUGUCAGACUUUUCAUCCUUCGCUGAUAAUCUUAAAAACGUGUUGAAAGAAAGGGAAGACAUUGACAGAACGGAACAAAAAGAAGAAAUGAGCAAGACAUUGCCAACCGUAAUGGAGACCCUUGUGCAUGAAAGAGAUCAGUACAUGUCCUACACAUUAUUAAAAGGGGCAAGUGAGAGCAGAACAGUUGUUGCUGUUGUCGGAAGAAUGCAUCUAGAAGGAAUGAAGAACAAUUGGAAGCAACCUGUCAAUAUUGAGGAUCUCCAGACAAUUCCACCUCCCAAACCAAUUGUCCUUGCAAUCAAGAUCUUUACAUAUGUCGGCGUUGUCGUGGCUGGGGUGGCCAUAAUAUCAAGCUUCUGUCUUUAA